AUGACAGAUGAUUAUUCAGCAACAAAGGGAUUAUUCCACCUUGUUCUCAAUAUUAAUAAUGGUGCUGCUGAAGGAACAGGAAUUAUGCCUUUAGUGACUUUUGCUCAAAACUUGAUAGGAACUCAAUUACCCAAUGAAAUUGUAACAUAUAGUGUGGGUACUUUAAACAAUCUUUUUGGUGGUUAUCCAACACAUAAAGAUUUUGCCCCAUCAAUAGUAUUUACAGUAUUAUUUGGAGUCUUUACAAUUAUUCACACAAUCAUUCUUUGUAUCAACACAUCCAGGGGUCAUUAUUUUUAUCUUUCAUAUGUAUGGAUAUGCUACAGUAUUAUGAAAUUUCUUGGGUUUCUUUUAAGAGCACUUUGGUCUACCGAUAUACUCAAGAUUAAAUUUGGAUUGGCUUCUGAAGUUUUCCUUAUUGUUUCAACAUUUAUUAUUGUAUCUGCAAAUUUGAUUUUAGCUCAACGUUUGUUCACUUGGAGACAUCCUGUAGGAGGUUCAAGAAAAUUGUUUUGGGGAUUUAUGUUUGCUACAUAUGGAAUGGUUUUAGUAGUUAUUGCAAUCACAAUAUUGGCAUCAUUUGUACCUUACUUGUAUUAUUUGAGUGAAAAGUCAUACUCGUCAUGGGUAAAAACUGUUCAGUUUACUGCAGUUUUAAUUUUAGCAUAUUGUUUGACGUCGGUGGCAUUGAUUGGUUUGUCGUUUUGGUUGCCCACUAAGAAAGAUGAGAGUAGGUACACUUAUCAACCCUGGUGGAUUGAAAGUUUUGCUCCGUUUUAUUUUGUGAAAAAAGGUGCAGCACAGGAAGCUGAAGCAACGUUUAUGAAACGGAAUUCCAACCAUAGACAUGCUACUCGUGUCAUUGCUGCCACUCAUCAUCAUUUUAAAAUGGUCAAAGGAUUAUCUACUGAGAGAGGAGACCUCAAACAUAACGUGUCAAUGGGAUUAUUGAUUAUAUCUACAGUAUUGACUUUGUUUGGUUCCAUAGUCAGAGCAAUAGUGGUAUUUCAGGCAAGAGAACAUAAAUUUGCUUCUCCAGCUGAAAGUAUUUGGUUUGGAUACUUAUGUUGGGGAGUUUUUGAAAGCAUCAUCAGUAUUCUUUACAUUGUUUGCAGAGUCGAUCUUAGAUUCUAUCGUCCUGAUAUAUUACCUCAAGCAGUCAGAGCUAUCAUUACUGCCCAACAAUCAUACUAUCCUUCAGACGAUGAAAGUGGCGAUAAUGAUGAUAAUCAUAAUUAUAAAUCAGAAAUAAUUGAUAAACCAGAACCACAGCAACAGCAUGUUUAUGCUAAACACAUUGGUGGGUUUAGAGGAGAUGAAAAACUGGUUGUUGAUGAAGACGAAUUUGAUGAUAUUGACUUUGAUGAAUGGGAUUUUGGGGAAGUCAAAAAAGAUAGAACUAACACAAGUUCAGAUCAAUCUUUUGUCAAUAGUUCUUCUCACUGGGAAAAAGGAAGGGCACAUCCAACUCAAAUUCAAAGCAGCAAAUCUGUCAAAUAUCAGGACACUAAAGAACCAGAUAUGGAAUUUCAAUUUUAA